AUGGCUAUAUCAACCGCUUUACACAGUUGUUUAAUCUUUUUGAUCGAGUAUGUUUUCCUUAAAACCAUUACAGAGGCCUUGAAAGCGUACGAGCACAAGCCUGACUGCUUCAAGAAGGCAGCAAGAGCCUUGCGUAAAGAAUGCAAAAGCGUUGACAUGGAUGAGGAUGAGAAAAUGAAAUUUGCGAUUAGACUGGCGGCUUGCGAGAUUGCCACAGCUAAUAUGCCUGUACCUGUUGAUUGCCGCGCCCUUAGCCCAGAGGGGGAACAAGCACAAAGCGAAUCUGCUACGCCGGCCAAUAUCCGACGAUGUGUCCAGUAUGGACUUAGGAUUGCCCACUUUUGA